AUGCGAGAAGGAACACUAUCUUUACGCCCGACCAUAGCCGACGUAGUAAAUGACGCUCAACUUCUUAAAGCCGUUGACAUUUUAAAAGAAAAAACAUCGGCGUCUGCAUAUUCGUUGGCGAGUAUGUUGAGCGUUGUCAAGUACGUUCUUGGCAAACCCUACUUCCCAGAAACCGUUUUUGGAAAUAAAAAAACGGUAGCUUUUGAAUUUAAAGGACAAAAUUACAUUGUUGAAUUCACAUGUAAAGGUCCUUCCGAAGUUAACGCGACUCCUAUGGACGUUGACACACGUAUCGGAAAUAAUGGUUUAAAUAACCACGUUCAACACGCCUCGUCGUUGUCCUCGUCUCCACAAGUUUUACAACCUACCAUCGCUGACAUCCUCGGAGACGCUAAAACACUCAGACUUAUAGAAUUACUUCAACAGAAAACUAAAGAAUCACCAAUGAAAUUAGCCAGUUUACUUUGUAUCGUUAAAGCUGUAUUUGACGACGUGGGUAUAAAGGAUCGAUUAUUUCAAAAUAAAAUCAAAUUUUUACAUGGUAAUCAUGGUAAUAUCAUGCAAGAAUACAUGAUCGAGUUUGAAGAUCCACGUAGACCGGAUGAUCUUGCUUUCGAGACAAAAAAUGAGCAAAAUGGAAAUAAUUUCAAUAUUUCUCAAGAUUCAAAAACAAACGUCUUUAAAACUGAUGUUCAUCAUCACGAUGACGAUGAAGAUAUGAUGGAUGAAUUAGAGAAAGAUGAAAUUGUGGAAGAGAAUCCACCAGAAAACGAGUUGUGGCGUACACAUAUUCCUUCAAUUGUUACGAAAAGAAAGCAUAAUGCCGAUAGUCCUCAUUCCGAAGAUGAACAAUGUGUUCAACAACCUAUAUCUACUAAAAGACGUUCUACGGACAAACAUAAGGCGCCUCCCUUAAGUUGUGAAGCUGUCAAACGUCUCUUCACAGGAAUUACUAAGACAACUCUACUUCAAAGAUUGGAGGAGUCUAAAACAUUAAUCGCUUCCAUAAAGGAUAGCUACGCAAAUAUUCGACCGUCAACAUCACCUAAUUUAAAUUCAUCACCUCGUUUGAAUCUUUUGUGUCAUCUACUUCAAUCACCUCCAACCUCUCGAAUUGAUGGUAUUUCUUCCAAAGUUUUUUCAAAUUUGGAACUUUAUAAAUUAUUUACCACAUACAACGCUUAUAAGGAAGAAGUUGCGCAAAAUACUCAUCUCGAUACCUUAAACUCACCCAAUAAACGAAAUCAUACAUCACCUUCAUCUGAUCCGAUGUCACCGAUAACCUUUCCAACAUAUUCUUCAUUCAUUGACCCAACUGUUACUUUACAUAUUAAAGAACAAACUGGUGGUAAAGAAGUAGGAAAGCACCGUUUAAAUUGUGCAUGGAGACUUAGUAUACUGUGCGAAUUAUUGGGAAAGGGAGUAUUGUUGAUGACCAAAGAAUUGAGUGGAGCGAAAUUGGAGAGAAUUCUUGUUGAAGAAUUUUCUAAGCUUGUAGACUUCUUGAAAAACCCCGAAAAUCAUGAUUGGGUUGUUAAUAUAAGAGAGAAGAUGGAAUUGGUUGGAUUUGAUGAAGUUUAUGCACCAUUAGCCGAAGCAGAUAUAGAUAAUAGUGCAAUUACUGGAUCGUCACAAAAUUCCAUGAAAUCCAAUAUGGGAAUGAGUAACGGUGGUCACGUAGACAUCCCUGUCAUUACAUUUGCUAUUGACAAUAUCGCUCAACAUUCGCAAGUGAUUGACCCAAGAUUAGCAAUGCCAUCAGAAGAAGAAAUUAUGCGUCAUGGACAACAACAUUACACGGAAGUAGAUCAAAAAGGUGAACCCAUUCCAUCCAUGAGAGUUCCUGGUAACGGACGUCAACUUACCUUUGUCAAAGGUGCUAAUCAAAAAUAUUGA